AUGCAUAUCGAAGUCAAACACCCUUGCGUACAGCACAAACUAGCGCUGAUCCGCGAUUCCGACACUGCGCACAAGAAGUUUCGUGAGUUGGCGACCGAAAUCACUAUGUUCGUCUGCUACGAAGCACUAAAAGAACUACCGCUCAAAGAUCUGGCAGUGCAAACACCAGUCGCUGAAGCAGCGUGCAAAGUGAUCGCCAGCGAUAUCGUGGUGGUGCCAAUCUUGCGUGCUGGGAUAGGUAUGCUCGACGGCAUACUUGGCUUAGUACCGACCGCUCGAGUGGGCUUUGUUGGUCUUUACCGUGAUGAGCAAACCAAAAUACCAGUUGAGUACUACAAGAAACUACCGGGUGAGUCUGCCGAAGCCAUUUGCAUCGUCAUUGACCCAAUGCUGGCAACGGGCGGGUCGAUGGUCGCGACGCUGGAUCGGCUCAAAGACCAAGGCGCUACCAACAUUGUCGUUGUCUGUAUCGUCACCUGCCCUGAGGGGCUGGCUGCGGUGGAGUCUGCCCACCCCGACGUCCCAGUCUAUACGGCCAGCGUGGACAGCCACCUGGAUGAGCGCAAAUACAUCGUACCCGGCCUUGGUGACGCCGGCGACCGGCUGUUUGGAACCCGAUGA